CCUCCCUCCAGUCUCCAUCCAAUCCUUUGUGAAAACCUUGAGGCACCAGGCGUCAGAGCUCAGUGUGUUGAAGUAGCCGCUAGUUCAGCCAUGCUCCAGACAGAGCUCCAGCUCUAACCCCUAACCCCAGCCUCACUGAGCCCACAGAGAGGAGAUUUUGCUGGGCAGCAGGCUGCAGACAGAAGGCCUCUGGCUCUCUAGGAGGGGGACCGGUUGAGAUCCCAGGACAGAGGGAGUAGAGUGGGUAAGAGAGCCAGAGAUGAACCCCUGUGUGAGAUGGGAGAUAUGCACAUGAGCAGAGCUUGAGGAGGGAACUGAACCGGAGCACGAGGCUCUCUGAGCACUGCCUGACUAACGACACACACAUACAUCUGCAGGACACACUCUCUCACAAACAAACACACAAAAGGAGCCUGAUAAUGGAGCAGUAUGGACAUGGAUGAAGGAGCUGGAAAAGUAACUGCCUUCAGGAGAGCAGUGUGUCUGUGUGGAGACAGAGCUCGAAGGAGCUGUUAAAGCCAUUAACAGGGAAGCAUAGAGGAAGUCCAAGAGGCAUCCAGCUAGCCAGUAGAAGAAGACCAUGCAGGGUGUGGUUGGGGUGAGACGGGGGGUGUCGUGGAGCCUGUGUGGCCUGCUCUGCCUCUCUGUCUGGGGGCUGAGCCAGUGCAGCGGUUCCAGACAGGCCAGAGAGACCAAGGACCAGCCCAGGGACCAUCCCAUGCUCAGGGCCAAACGGGCUCCUGCUGAUGAUGUCAAGAAGUGCUCCUACACCUUCCUCAUUCCCGAGCAGAAGAUCACAGGCCCCGUCUGUGCCAGCGCCACGGGCCCAGAGCCGGACAAAGAGCGUGUGACGCGGAUCGACAUAGCUGACGUGAGAGAGGUGCUGUCCAAGCAGAGACGGGAGAUUGAGACCAUGCAGCUGGUGGUAGACGUGGACGGCAACAUGGUGAACGAGAUGAAGCUGCUGAGGAAAGAGAGCAGGAACAUGAACUCCAGGGUGACCCAGCUUUACAUGCAGCUGCUGCACGAGAUCAUCAGGAAGAGGGACAACUCCCUGGAGCUGGCCCAGCUGGAGACCCGGGUUCUCAAUGUCACCUCAGAGAUGCUGAGACUGGCUUCACGCUACAAGGAGCUGGAGGGGCGUUUCGCAUUGAUGGCAGGGUUGGUGAAUAACCAGUCGGUGCUGAUCGCUGCGUUGGAGGAGCAGUGUCUGCGGACCCUGGGGCAUAGUGAACUACCUGUGGUCCCCCCGCUGGUCCAGGUGGUGCCAGAGAGUAUCCCCGUCAACAGCCGCUUUACCAACGAGAUACAGAGGGACCAUACCAACCGAGCCUUCCCACGGGGGUCACGCAUGGACUCCCCCACUGCCUCCCCAUUUGCACUCAAUCCGCCGCCACCGCAGGGCACGCUCACCUCAGACGGUCCGUUUAAGGAUUGCUACCAGGUGCGCCAGGCGGGCCACAGCACCAGUGGGAUGUACCUGCUUAAGUCCGAGGGCAGUGACCGGCUGAUCCAGGCCUGGUGUGAACACGGCCUAGACAACGGAGGCUGGACUGUGCUACAGAGGAGGAAGGAUGGAUCGGUCAACUUCUUCAGGAACUGGGAGAACUACAAGAAAGGCUUUGGGAACAUUGACAGUGAGUACUGGCUGGGUCUGGAGAACAUCUAUAACCUAGGGAAGCAGGGGGACUACAGGCUGCUGGUAGAGCUGGAGGACUGGGUGGGAAAGAAGGUGUAUGCCGAGUACAGCAGCUUCCACCUGGAGCCUGAGAGUGAGGGGUACCGCCUGAGACUGGGCACCUACCAGGGGAACGCUGGAGACUCCCUCAGCAGCCACAAUGGGAAAAUGUUCACCACGCUGGACAGGGACAAGGACGCUUUCUCAGGUAACUGUGCUCACUUCCAUAAGGGUGGCUGGUGGUACAAUGCCUGUGGCCAGACCAACCUGAACGGAGUAUGGUACAGCGGAGGGGUUUACCGCAGUAAGUUCCAGGAUGGAAUCUUCUGGGCCGAGUACGGAGGAGGGUUCUACUCCCUCAAGUCUGUCCGCAUGAUGAUCCGACCUAUCGAUUGAGCCUGGAACAGGCGCCACCUCCCUAACUACACCAUGACCUUUGACCCAUCAUGACCCCUACCCUACCCCUCCCACUCCUGACCCCUCUCAGCUUCUCUACCAAGCUACCCUUCAUCUCCACACUCCAUUCCAUCCUUCCAUUCUCAAGUGGAGAAGAGGAUUGGAUUUCAACAGUCAAUGCCCAAAAUGGAAACCCUGGUUAUGUUUGACCCUCUCUGGAUAGAAGACACAGCUUUCUCCUAUGUUUCAGCUGUGCUCCUAUUGAGUCCUCUCUAACAGAUAGCAGUGGACAGCCAGAGUAUGGACUCGAACACAGAGCUAGCUGCCACUGCCUUCUACAACAGUCUAUAUAUACAGUAUGCUACUUCACCAUGUCACAGUUCAAUACGCUAUGAAGGUGAUUAAUUUAGGAAUUUGAGAUGACUUACAGCCUAAAUGCUACUGGAAAAAAAAUAUUGUUUAUUUUGCUGUUCUGUUUUGCUUGUCUCCAGCGGGUUUGUUGCUAAGUGAGUGCCUUUCUUCACAGCGUAAUAAGGAUUUAAUUACAAGUUCCUUAUGUCAUCGCUUAAAAUCAAAAUGAGAAUGUACCACAGUCAAAAGGGGUUGAGAGGCACGCACCUCCCCCCAGGAAUACAGGACUUGGUAUGGUCUUCAUGUACAUAUUACUCUGUUGUUUUGUUUGGGCUUGUUGUUUCGGGGUUCCCACAAGCACUGAGAGGAAAUGGACUGUGCUUUGUGACGUGGGAAUGGCCUAACUCGCUUUGGCAUGUAAAUAUAUUGGGCUUUAUUUGUGAGAGUUAAUUUAAGACGUAUGAAUCUGCUCAAGCCAAAUGUUUCCUCCAUGGUCUCCCUGCCAUCUCUCACUUCUGUUAUUUAUCAACAUAUUUAUAAUGAGUAUAGUUAUAGUCACUCCCUGCUCUAUUUAGCCCCAGUAUGGCCAUUCUGUUUAUUUCUGUUAAGGGUCACACACACAGGAACAACCGAUAAUCAGCUGAGCCGAUAUAUUGGGCCGAUAUUGGCUGUAUCUAGUCUAAUCGGCUAUUGGCCCUUCUCUAACGACUUUGCAGAUAGUCCCUCUACAUAGCAAAGCUGCUGCUAUGCCAGCCACCACUCAACGCCUCAGCCAUGAGCACUGCACAAUGCCAAGGAAUGUCUAGCUGGGAAAAUCAGCAGCAGGAAGCAGCAAGCUAGCUCAUCCUCCAACAGAAAUGUGUAGUAUUAAGAAAUGGAUUAAUUGACACAAAGGAUGGAUUAACUCCCGUGGCAAAUAUUAAUUUAGUUAAUUCACUAAUAAUUAGGCUUGUGUCAAUGUGCCCGGACCUACAUGCAAUAAGCAAGCUAGCUAUGUGACCUGUUAUCAAAGAUCACAACUAAACAUUGCAUAUGUGGUGUUCGCUAGCUAGAUAAAAAUGUAGCUAAGAUAACAGAUAGGAGCUAAUAGCCAAUGUAACUAGCUAGUUGUCAUUUAGCUGGUUAUCAUUUUGAACACGCACCAUUUUCUGCAACGAACCAUCUGACUUGUAAUGGUGUAAUUGUGUUACGUAGUUAGAUUAGUUUUUACCAAUGUCAAACGUAUUGUUUGAUAUUUAAAUUAAUGCAUACACAGCUGUCUCUGGGAAAUUUUGUCAUCAAAAUUUUAAAAUGUAAUGAUAUUGGAUAUCGGCCUAAAAUAUCAGCCUUGACUCCCUAAAAAUCGGUAUCGGCCCCAAACAAUCCAUAUUGGUCAUUCAACACACACACAAAGACGAACGUCAAGUUGACAAAGGUGAAUAGUUGCCCUGCUCUGACAUCAGUUUCCAUGCAGCUCUAUACUAAAUAAAACCGUUUUUAAAUACCC